GCGCACGGGGCUCCCCCGGCGGGGCGGGGAGCGCGGGCGUCGGGGCGCUCCGGGCCCGGACCCGCACCGGCAGGACCCGGGCGGAGCCCCGCGGGGCGGGCCCGUUUCAGCCCAGAGCACCCCCGCCGCCGGCCGCGGGGAACGGGCCUCGCCCGGCGGCUCCGAGCCCGGUGCCCAGCCCGCCCCGGUGCUCGCCCACGCUCGGGUGCGCCCGGCCCCGGCUCUCCCCGGGGGCUCUCCCCGGCCCGAGCCUGCUGCGCAGCCCGGCCCGGUCCCGCGGGAAGCGCUUGGCGGGGCAGCGCCCGUCCCCGCCCCGGCUUUGCCGCCCUCCGGGCCCGGGGGCAGCGUGGGCCGGCGGUGCCGCGCUCCCCGACGGGGCGCCCCGGCGGCCCCGGCUCCGGCGGUCGCGGCCCUUCUGGGCCCCGCCGCCGGGGCCGCAGAGCGGGCGGGGACGGGCCCGGCGCCCCGGGGGACGCGGGUGCCGCCUCGCCGCGGGACGAUGGCGGGGCCGGUCCCCGCGGCCGGGCGGGCCCCGGGCUUCCUGCGGCGGCGCCGGGCAGGAAGCGGCUGUUGGCGGCGGCCUUCCUGCUCCGGGGGCCCCGGCGGCGGGGAGCGGGCGGUGCUGGGUCCUGCCCCGGCGGGGGCCCCGUCCUUCCCCGCCGCACGCCGCGGUGCGGGGCGCCGGCUGCCCCGGCCCCGCCGGACGGGGGCUGGGGGCUGCCCCGGAGCGGCGGCUCCGCGCCCCCGGGCCGUCCGGGCUCCGGGGCGCCUCUUCCCGGCGGGGGGGGAGCGGGGGGCGGGCGGCCCCGCCAGGGUGACCGCGGGGGACAAGCAGGGCCGGUCCGUACCCGCAGCCCCGCAGCCCGCCCGGGCCCGCAUCUGAUGUCUCUGGAGCUUCGCUGAGUCAGGCGGGGCGGGAGCCCGGCGUCCCCCCGACCUUCCCGGGCAUUGGCUCGGGAGCAGGCGGGCAGCGCUGGGCCGGGCCGGGGACCGGGAUAAAUGCCGGGGCACAGCCCCAGCCCCAGCCCGGCCGCAGCGGGCACGGCGGUGGGAGGAUGCGCCGCGGGGUGCGGCUGCUCUGCUGCCUGCUCCUUCCUCUGCUCCAGCGGGGGCGUGGGGACGCUGACUACGGGGACCUCGAGGACGAAGGUCACUACCUGUACCUGGAUGAGGAUGGACCACUGGAGGUGCUGGGGGGGCCAGGCCGCUGCCAGGACACCUACCAGGACUGGAUCUCCCUCUACUGCUGGGCGCCCUUCCACGCUGCCCUCAUGGCCACCCCCGAGGGCAGCCGCUGCUGCUGGGACCAGAUCAGCAGCACCUACAGCGAGCUCUCCAGCUGCACCCAGCUGCUAGCCCAGCUGCUCUCCUGCCCCUGGCCCAGCGCCGUCCUCGACGCCUUCUUCCUGCAGGUCCACGCCGAAUACUUCACCAACUGCACCGGGGCCGGGCCCCCCAGGCUGGGAGGGCUGCCCCCCGGGAUGGCUGUGGCUGUGGGGCUCAGCUGCCUCGUGCCCCUUGCAGCUGCCCUGACGCUCACCAGAGCCCGGAAAGGGGCUCAAACCCCAGCGGGCAGCUGCCCAGCCCCUGCCUGCCUCUGUGCCUGCGAGGGGCUGGCAACAUCCCCCUUCCCUCCCAGCCCUGGGAACUAAUGAGCAGGACGAGUGGGCCAAGGGUGAGGGGGACAGGGCAGAGCAGGGACAGGGCAGAGCAGGUAGGGGAGUCUGGGCAUCCCUGGGGAUGGAGUGGGUCCUGUGGCACCGGGGGAGGCUGGGCCCGGGGCUCUGGAUGCCUGCAUCUGCCCCAGGGCAGGGAGCGUCCGGAGAAGGGUCCCAGGUGCCGCUGGGAUCCUGACCCUGCAUGGGCCAAGCCUCUUCCUCGGCACCCCCGGGUGGGGGGUGGCAGGGAGUGCCGGGGAUGCCAGGCUGGGGGGGGGGCAGGAGCCCCAGGCCUUGGCUGGCAACCACUGUCUCAUCCCUGCCUGUCCUGUCCCUGCCCGUCCCCUCUGGACGCCCCAGGAGGGGGGCGGCCAUCCCAGCCCCAGGGCCGUGCUGAGAUCAUUGGGUGUCUCCCUGGCAGAGGCUGCUGCCGCCCGGCUGGAGGCUCCAGUGGCUCCAACAAAGAGCGGGACCAGGGGCUCCAACCCUUCUGCCCCCAGGGCGCUAUGGUCUGAUGGUUUCCAGAUGCGGUCACUCGCCCGCAAAGUUCCCACAGUGCCCUGGAGCGGUGGCUGCCGCUGCCUGGGGAGGGUCGGGUGGCUCUGCCAGGACGUUUGCCGGGGAGCACGAAGCCCAGCGAGAUCGUCUUUCUGCAGUAGGGAGGCUCCCUCCGAGCUGCGCUUCAUCAUGCUCCGAUUCACGCUCUGCGCGUCCCGCGGGCGGGCUGUUAAAGGGGCAGCUUUGGGCUCGUGCUCUGCCCCAGGCCAGAGGUGAAAUGAGCUCAGCCAGCCUCAGCCUGGUCCUCAGGCGGGAAUGCUGCAGACCCACGGGGCUGGGCUCGUCCUCGGUGGCGCUGCUCUGCGGGGGGACGCAGGCCCCGCAGGCGGGAGCUGCGCCAGGACCGAGGGGCUCCAGCAGAGCCGGGCAGGCACCGGGCUGGGCGGUGCGGGAGGAAGGCGUCGGGGCGGAGGACUGGCAACGUCAGCCAAGUCUCUGCCCUCUCCCCAUCUCCCCGCCUGCGUCGGCCUCGCACCCGUGGGCAGGUCGCACCACCGCCCUUCCCUUCCCGGCUGCAGGCAGGGGCCAGGGGUCUGCUCUGGCGAU